CGGAGAGGGCGGGCCUCGUCUCUGGGGCGCCUUUGUCUCGGGACCCCGCCAUUCCUCGGAUGCGAGGCCGGGCUGCCAUCAGUCCUCGGGAGGCCCGAGUUCCUCUGCUGCCAGGCGCCGGAGCUCCGCGGGGGAAGGCCGGGCACCCUACGGCCGGGAAAUGGAACCGUUGACAUUCAGGGAUGUUACCAUUGAUUUGUCUCAAGAGGAAUGGGAUUGCCUGGACCCUGCUCAGCAGAAUCUAUAUAAAGAUGUGAUGUUAGAGAACUACCAAAACCUGUUCUUCCUGGCUGUAUAUUCUCAUCAAGUCCAAGACUUUUUGCCAGAGCAGGGAUCAAAACAUUUAUCUCAAAAAGUGAUCAAGGGAAGACAUGGAAGUCAAGGUAUUGAAAAUUUACAUCUAAGGAAAGACUGGGAAAGUGUCAGAGAGAGUGAAGUUCCGAAAUCUUGUCAUAAUGAGCAUAACAAAUGUUUGAUGACUAUCCAUGAUGAAAAUGUCAAUGUCAGCAGACAUCAAGAACAUAUAGCAUCUCAGAAAACAGCUCAAUUUAUUCCAGUCACUUUUGAGGAGCUCUCUGUGUUUCUAAAUACAUAUCCACAGCAGUUUUUGAACCAUAUCUUCCCUCUGAAAGGAAAUUUGGAAAGUCUGAAAUGGAGUCUGUCCCAAGCUUCAGUUAACAACAUGAACAAUUUCAAUUGCAGCAUUGGUUUAAACUUUUACUCAAACAUUUGUAUAGAUAAGAGAGUUAAAAAUAAAGAACAAAUUUCUGAAUGUGAUCAUGUUGAGUGUUACUUCACAAAAAGUCUGCUAUUUUGCAAUCAACAACAAAUUGUUCCUCCUUGUGCCAAAAUAUACAGUUUUAAUCAAAGUAGGGAGGUUCAUGCUUCCCCAUUAUUGCAUAAUCAAAAUUCAGAUAAAGAUAUUUGGAAAGUUUUAUAUGUUUAUAAUAAAACCUCCAAGAACUUUAGCCAAGUCUCUACCCUAUGUAAUUACCAGUGUAUUUAUAUUGGUGAAAAAAAUUGUGAAUGCAGUGAAACUCAUGAAAAUAUUAGCCUUGGUUCAAAUCAUGGAAAACAUCAGUGUGUUCAUUUUACAAAGAACCUUUGCAAAGUUAAUAAACGUGGGAAAGUCUGUCAUCAGAGCUCAAAAGUUAAUAUCCAUUCAAAUAUCCAUAUUGAAGACAAACCUUACACAUGUAAAGAAUGUGAAAGGACUUCAAAGAAAAUUUCAAGCCUUACUCAACACAGAAGAAUUCAUACUGGAGAGGAGCCCUACACAUUUAAGGAAUGUGUCAAAGCUUUCAAUCAAAGCUCAAAUCAUAUUAAUCACCAGAGAAUUCAAACUGGAGUGAAGCCAUACGAAUGUAAAGACUGUAGCAAAGCAUUUAAUAUAAGCUCACACCUUAUUAAACACCAGAGAAUACAUACUGGAGAGAAGCCCUACAAAUGUAAAGACUGUGGCAGAGCUUUUAAUCAAACCUCAACCCUUACUCAACACCGGAUGAUUCAUACUGGAGAGAAACCUUUCAAGUGCAAAGAAUGUGGCAAAGCUUUUAAUCGAAACUCAAACCUUACUCAGCACCGGAGGAUCCAUACUGGAGAGAGACCGUACAAAUGUAAAAAAUGUGGCAAAGCUUUUAAGGAGUGUUCACACCUUAUUAAACACUAUAGAAUUCAUACUGGAGAGAAGCCCUACAAAUGUAAAGAAUGCGGCAAACCCUUUAAAGACCGUUCAGCCCUUACUCAACACCAGAGGAUUCAUACUGGAGAGAAACCCUACAUAUGCAAAGAAUGUGGUAAAGCUUUUAAUCGAAACUCAAACCUUACUCAACAUCAGAGGAUCCAUACUGGAGAGAGACCUUAUAAAUGUAAGAAAUGUGGCAAAGCUUUUAAGGAUUGUUCACACCUUAUUCAACACCACAGGAUUCAUACUGGGGAGAAGCCCUACAAGUGUAAAGAAUGUGGUAAAGCUUUUAAACAAAUUGCAACGCUUACUCAACACCAUAAAAUUCAUAGUGGAGAGAGACCGUACAAAUGUAAUGAAUGUGGCAAAGCCUUUAGGGAUUCUCUAACACUUACUCAACACCACUGGAUUCAUACUGGACAGAAACCCUACAAAUGCAAAGAAUGUGGCAAGACUUUCAUUAGAACUUCACACCUUAAUAAGCACCAGAAAAUUCAUACUGGAGAGAAGCCCUAUGAAUGUCAGGAGUGUGGCAAAGCUUUUAAACGAAGCUCACACCUUACUCAACACCAGAGAGUUCAUACUGGAGAGAAGCCCUAUAAAUGUAAAGACUGUGGCAAAGCUUUCACUCAAAACUCAAACCUUAUUGGUCACCGUAGAAUUCAUACAGGAGAGAAGCCCUACAAAUGUAAAGACUGUGACAAAGCAUUUAAUAUAAACUCACACCUUAUUAGUCACCGUAGAAUUCAUACAGGAGAGAAGCCCUACAAAUGUAAAGAAUGUGGCAAAGCUUUUAACCAAACCUCAACCCUUACUCAGCAUCAGAGGAUCCAUACAGGAGAGAAGCCCUACAAAUGUAAAGAAUGUGGCAAAGCCUUUAAGUCUUGUCCAACCCUAACUCGCCACCACAGGACUCAUAGCGGAGAGAGGGUGCUGACGUCCCUGGGAGCCGGCCUGGCUCGCCAGUGCCGGGAAAUGAAACUGUUGACAUUCAAGGAUGUGGCCGUUGAUUUCUCUGAAGAGGAAUGGGAAUGCCUGGAGCCUGCUCAGCAAAAUUUAUAUGCAGACGUGAUGUUAGAGAACUACAGAAACCUGGUCUUCCUUGCCACAACUUCUCAUCAUAUCCAUGAAUCUCCACCAGAGCAGGAAAUAAAAUCUUUAUUUCAAAAAAUGAUGAAGGGAAGAUACCAUGACAGUGAUAAACCCCACAAAUUUAAAGAAUGUGGCAAAAUUUUUAAUCAGAGAUCACCUCCUGUUAAACAUCCGAGGAUUUAUGCUGGAAAGAAGCCCUGCAAAUCUAAAGAAUGUGGCAGAGUCAUUAACAAUUACUCAACCCUUUCUGAAUGUCUCAGACAUCAUAGCACUGAGGGAAAAAAAAGCUCACUUGGCACUGAACACCUGAUAAUUUGUACUGGAGACAGAUCCCAAAAAUGUAAAGAAUGUGCCAAAGUCUUAAAAAAUGUUUCAAUCCUUACUCAACACCAAAAUACUCAUACUGCAGAGAAGCCCUACAAGUGUGAAGAAUGUGGCAAAGGUUUUAAUAGAAGAUCAUUGCUUACUGAACACCAGAUAAUUCAUACUGGAGAGAAGCCCUACAAAUGUAAAGAAUGUGGCAAAGGUUUUAAUCAAAGAUCAUAUCUUAAAGAACACCAUAGAAUCCAUACUGGAGAGAAGCCCUACAAAUGUAAAGUAUGUGACAAAGCCUUUACUAAAAGUUCCUUUCUUACUGAACACCAUAGAAUUCAUACUGGAGAAAAGCCCUACAGAUGUGAAGAAUGUGGCAAAGAUUUUAAACGAAGAAUAUUGCUUACUGAACACCAGAGAAUUCAUACUGGAGAGAAGCCCUACAAAUGUGGAGAGUGUGGCAAAGCUUUUAUUCGGAGAUCAUUGCUUACUCAACACCAGAGAAUUCAUACUGGAGAGAAGCCCUACAAAUGUGGAGGAUGUGGCAAAGCUUUUAAUCAAAGAUCGUAUCUUAUUUGCCACCAAAGAAUUCAUACUGGAGAGAAGCCCUAUAAAUGUGAAAAAUGUGGCAAAAAUUUUAAUCAGACAUCAAAUCUUAAAAAACACCAGAGAAUUCAUACUGGGGAGAAGACCUACAAAUGUGAAGAAUGUGGCAAAGUUUCUAAUCGAAGAUCAUUUCUUACUGAACACCAGAUAAUUCAUAGUGGAGAGAAGCCCUACAAAUGUCAAGAAUGUGGCAAAGGUUUUAAUCAUAGAUCAUAUCUUAAAGAACAUAAGAGAAUUCAUACUGGAGAGAAGCCCUACAAAUGUAAAGUAUGUGACAAAGCCUUUACUAAAAGCUCCUUUCUUACUGAACAUCAUAGAAUUCAUACUGGAGAGAAGCCCUACAAAUGUGAAGAAUGUGGCAAAGGUUUUAAUCAAACGUCAAAUCUUAAAGAACACCAGAGAAUUCAUAGUGGAGAGAAGCCCUACAGAUGUGAACAAUGUGGCAAAGGUUUUAAUCAAAUAACAAAUCUUAAGGAACACCAGAGAAUUCAUACAGGAGAGAAGCCCUAUAAAUGUCCAGAAUGUGGCAAAUCUUUUAUUCGAAGAUCAUUUCUUACGGAACACCAAAUAAUUCAUACUGGAGAGAAGCCCUACAAAUGUACAGAAUGUGGCAAAGAUUUUAAUCAAAGAUCAUGUCUUAAAGAUCACCAGAAAAUUCAUACUGGAGAGAAACCCUACAAAUGUGGAGAAUGUGCUAAAGCUUUUAUUCGAAGAUCAUUGCUUACUCAACACCAGAGAAUGCAUACAGGAGAGAAGCCCUACAAUGUUAAGAAUAGGGCAGAGGUUUUAAUGAAACACAAAUCUUAAAGAACAGAGAGAGUUCGUAAGCAGAUGGAUGACUCAGGAGGUUGGAUGCAAUCAAAUAAGGAAGAAAUCCCUAGCACCAGUUACGUGGCCCCUCCACAAGCAAAUUAGAGGGAUAAGGGCUUUAAAGGAGCCCACAUUUUUAGGAGGCCUGUAGCAUGUCUGGGUACAGAAAGAUCAGAGAUCAGUCACUGCUAUACUAACCUGAAAGGUAUAAUGUGCAUAGUAUCAGUAUCCUAGGGCAGUAAAGAAGCCACUUCCCUCUAACACCCUACACAGGUCAGAGGAGGGAGCCAUUUUGCAGCUGUGCUGUGGAAAUUGGCACCUGGGGGAGCCUAUUCCAGGGAAACCCAACCUGGACCUAAACUACAAGCCAGGCAGACCCACACCACAUGACAAAGAGAGUGCCUAAGUGAUGAGGAGAACAAACGGGUUUACACGGGGUGAUACAGGUCAUGGAAACCCACCCUGUUUCCUUCUCUCCUUGAGUCCAGCAGCUCACAGGACAACCUGGGAGAGACUUGCCUGCCCAGGAAUUUGAAAGGACAGGAGUGGGGGUGAUUGUGUUUGGAGAUCAAACCCUAGAGAAUAGAAAAAUGGGGUCAGUGAGUGAUGGAGGGGACAAAAGAUUGGUGCCUUAGACACAAGGGGAACCGAGGGGAGAUACUGGAGUUCAGUCCCCCACCAUGGACUGGCAACUGCUGGGACCUGUAGGUACACUGAUUUAAAAUCUUCAUAUCAAUCACCAUUCAAAAAAGAGCAUGGAGCCUACCUCAGCCUAAAUUUCACUUCCAGUAUCUGUUUUCAGGAUCUCUCAGACACCAAUGAUCCCUCCCUGUGUGUGGCACAAACAUCACAUUCCAGCCCACCUCCCACCCAACACUGCUGAGAAGGGAAGCCAAGAAUUUUUUGAACUCCAAUGGAAAUAGCUUUUAAAAGUUUUCAAUAAAACCUUUAAUUUUUUUUUUUAAUUUUGUUUACUGUGAUCUGAGUGAUUCAUGGACAAUUAUACAUAUGCAUAUUUGUUUCUGCUCAUUUCUAGCAUUUUUUGGAGGCAGUUAUUUUUUCAUGGCUUGGCAUUUUGAGGGCUGUUUGAUUAGCAUAUUUUGGUUUUGUAUUCUUUUAGUUCUAACUUAUUUUUACUUUACAUAUUUUUUCUCACUUAUCUAUUUUUCUUGAGUCUCUUUCUUUAAUUCUGCUAACAGCAAAAGUCUAUUCUCUCUUUCACACUUCCUUUAAUUUAUUUCUUCUAUCUUCUCUCCCCCCUCAUAACACCCCAUACUACUAUUGCUUCCAUUUACUCCCUGUUCACUAUGAAAAUUGUAAACCCUUUUGAAAACUUACUGUUUUUAAUGUGGACAAAACCACAUCACAUCAUUUCUGUUUAUUGUGAUAAAUAACAUUGUAGACAUCAAAACAGGAACUAUUUGCUCUAA